AUGGAUCCGUGGGCGAGUGCCUGGGACGACGCAGCGCCGGCCCCCACGGCAACAUUGCCUGUGAAACUCCAUGAAGAGGGUCCUACUGACACCCUUGCUAUGGUCACAACGGCCGGGUUAGAUUUGGAUCCAUGGGGCGCACCCCAGGAUACCUCAAUCACAGCCAAGCCACAGCCGACCUCACCUGCCACUGUACCUGCGCCAGAGCCAGAGCCAGAGCCCGAGGCGGUAUCAGCGCCGAUCGUAGACACAACUGUCGAUCCAUGGGGCGCACGUUCUGCGAUGGAGAGCGUGGGAUGGCAUGUAACAGAGUCGUUGCCUACUACGACGGCCGUCGAUGCACAACUCGCCUCGCUGGCAUCAGCCUCGAUGACGAUGCACGACAAUGUAUGGGGAGGAGGCACGACUAUGCAGACGGCAUGGACAGACGAGAAACGCAGGGAAGAGGAAGACAAUGUCUCACAGUCGGACGAUACAGAGCCGGCUCACUCAGAGGCUACAGAGCAGGGACAAGAUCCGACGACAACCGUGGCAUCGCUACCUACGCCGACUGCCACUAACACUAACGAGGCUGCAGCUUCUACAACCGAUACGACGUCUGCGGCACCUGCAUCUACUUUCUCACGUCUCGGUGCUGCGGUCUCAGAAUGGCGGCGAUCACGCGCCACCGCGGCCCAAGAAGCCAAGGCGUCGGCGGAGGCUGAGCAAAAGCAAGGCUGGAAAAAGGUCGAUAAGCCAAAAUCAAAUGCUACGAGCCGCCUAGCUGGUCUCUUCAAGCGUGGAUCUAGCUCCGCUACGACCUCGCCCUCACAGACACCCACACGUGCACGCUCGCCCAGCCGCCCUCCUCCCGCCCACGCAAUAGAGCCCACCGAACCUACGUUGAAUGCGGACGAUUUAUCGUGGCUCGAUGCGGCAACCUCGAAAAAACCUAGCAAGGCGCCAACCGCUUCUACGCACAUGCGGCGGUACGAUGGUACAGCCUACGAUCCAGAUCCACGCUAUGCCUACGACCCACCCGAACCCUACGACGUCGAGCAAAUCGAAGCCUCUACACGUGCUUCCCCUGUGCGUCAUGAUCCUUAUUACUACGACCCGGAGGAUGAUACAGAUGAAUUUGGAGAAAUGCAAACGUAUACGGGCAAUGUCGAUGACGACGAUGUGCCAUUGGGACUUCGAUAUUCCGACCACGAACCCAAGAUACCAACAUACACAGAUGCGCCACGACCCACUUCGACCAUCCUAUCUGCUCCACCGCCUGGUGGACGGGCAUCGCACGCCCGGAAGCCGAUGGCGGAUAUGGACUUGCUAAGCUCAUCCCCACCCAUGACCACCCCCACACCCUCAUCCACCAUUACGAAAGUACCGCCGUCGAAACCCACCAGCACUGGCGGCACGUUGACACAUGCAGAUUUGGACUUUUUCGAAAAUCUGUAG